AGGUUUUAAGUUCAAUUUAUAAUUAGUCAUACGAAACGCCAUGACACAAAAACAACAAACGUGGAAGAAGAACUUGUAUGAAAAUGUGGACUAUCCAGAUAAUUACACAGAUAAGACAUUUCUAGAAGAAUUAAAGAAAAAUGUGCAUAUCACAGAAAUUUCCCCUCGAAGUGCUGUUCUUGGAGCUGGACUUGUCACCCAAGAAAUCUCUAUCGUGAUUUUCUUCGUGAUUAUAUAUGUAUACUUGUACAAUGGUUGGAUUGAACCAGAAACAGUAAUUGUGCAGAGUAGUUUGGUUGCAACUAUAGGUUAUCUUCUGUAUCGGAUUGUAUUAACAAAAAAGAAUUAUUAUGAAGCCCUGGUUAAGGAUCUGCGGACUGUUCUAAUAUUUGUUGUUUUUGGUUAUAUUUUGUCACCUGUAUUAAAAACAUUAACAGAUACAAUUAGUACAGACACAAUAUAUGCAACAGCAUCAUUUAUGAUGAUAAUACACCUAAUCUUUUUUGAUUAUGGAGUGCCAGCAGCCAUAGUUUCUAGUUCACUGUCUCUUAAUGCUGCAAUAUUUGGUUCAGUAUGUUUAGCUUCACGGCUGGCAUCACCCUUCCAUGCCUUUGUUUUGCUAACUAACGCAGUAGAAUGUUUUGUUCUGUUACCCAUUUUAUUAUCCAAAGGCAGGGGAUCUGUCAUUGUACUCACUGCCAUGAUAGCUAUAGCAGUUUAUGUAUUAUGGACAGUGUCACUAAUUAUGAUGGUACUAUGUGUGUGUAUCACACUUUUUGUUACGGUGUUAUGCCCAGUUUGGUUUUUAAGGUGGCAGAACUGUAAAGAAAAUAUAUAUGGACCAUGGGAUGAAGCAAUAGUACAUGAUACAGAAAUGUAAGAUAUCUAACAUCAUGUGGACUUGUAGGUAUAUACCAAUUUUUCAGUGCAUAGAAACCAUAUACCAAUACUAUGAAGUGUUUUUACUGAAGGAAGUGCCUGCUGUUUUAAACUGAUAUGGCCUAAUGCAUGUGCUUGCAUUGAGCAUGAGUAAUUGAUUCAGAAGUUGGAGAUAGAGCAUAUCCAUUACCCUUCACAAAAGACCUCCAUAUACUGUUGAAGGAAAAGUACAAGUAUAAAUUUAUAACUAACUAUUCUUAAGAAGUUAUUGUCACUCAUCUAGUUCAGAAAUUCCCCAUCUUUCUUGAAACCAAAAGAUGUUAGUAUUCUCAAGCACCCCUAUAAAUAUAUUUGUUUUCUGUAUUAUUUAUUUGUACUUUACUUUUGUUAGUGAUUAUACACAGGUCUUAAUACAUUACAUUGAAAUAGGCAGACAAGUAAGAGGAUAAAAGUAGUCACACACCAUUAUUAUGUUUUGUAUGCAGUAUGAGAUAGUAUAAUUAAAAAUCUGUGGCCAACCUGUCCUAAUUGUGAUAUUCUGAGAAUUAUACAGAGAUUGUGUCAAAUAAUAUUUUACUUACCUGUUCAUACUGCAAGUAUUUCCAGUUCUUCCAUCACCUAAGAUUUCUUCUACUAUAAUAUAUGUAUUAAAUAUGUAACAGAGCUUCAUGUGUACUGCCCACCUCUCUGCAUGAAAAGCUGCUUGUAACUGUUCCUCUACAGUACACAAACUUGACCAGGAUAUUAUUAGAAAAUAUCAAUAAAAGACCUGUUAUUACUACAGUUUGUUCAAUCAA